AUCGCUCAUCGAGGAAGCUUAAUCGUUCCCUCCUCAGCUCAGCAAUCCUCAGCUCUUCACUCACACACAUCUGUCAACAAACAUGUCUCUGAGACGAGCUUUGCACUUUGUUUUCAAAGUUGGCGACAGGACCAAAACUGCCACGUUUUACCGAGAUGUUCUGGGCAUGAAGAUUUUACGUCAUGAAGAGUUUGAGGAAGGUUGCAAAGCCACGUGUAAUGGCCCCUACGAUGGAAAAUGGAGCAAGACAAUGGUUGGCUUUGGCCCAGAAGAUGACCAUUUUGUUGCUGAACUGACAUACAAUUAUGGGGUGGGAGAGUAUCAACUUGGCAAUGACUUCUUGGGGCUCACUCUGCAGUCGAGCCAGGCUGUAAGCAAUGCUAAACGGCUGGGGUGGCCUCUUACUGAGGUAGGAGAGGCUCUGUAUCUGACCCAGGCUCCAGGAGGGUAUCCUUUCUACCUUGUGGACAAAGAGCAGCCUCCCAGUGACCCCGUGCAGAAGGUUUGUCUCGGAGUAUCAGACCUCCAGAGGUCGACCCACUACUGGACUUCGCUUUUAGGAAUGAAAGUGAUGGAAAAGAAUGAGGAAAAGAAAACAGUGCUGAUGGGAUUUGCAGACAAUCAAUGUAAACUGGAGCUUCACGAUAACAGUGGGACAGUAGAUCAUGGAACAGCGUUUGGGAGAAUAGCAUUUUCAUGCCCACGGGAGCAACUGCCUGACCUUGAAGCCUUGAUGAAAAAGGAAAAUCAGAAAAUUCUCACUCCGUUAGUCAGCCUGGACACUCCUGGAAAGGCCACAGUAGAAGUGGUUAUUUUGGCUGACCCAGAUUGUCAUGAGAUUUGCUUUGUGGGAGAUGAGGCUUUCAGGCAGCUGUCCAUGGUGGACGCCAAAGGAAAUGAACUGCUUGAUAAGGCUAUGGCCGAAGAUAAAAGUGACGAGUGGUUCGCCAAACACAACAAACAGAAAGCUGCUGCAUGAGAAGAGAGGGCUUGUCUGGAAAAAUGCGCACCAUCAAUUUUUCACCAGUUCGUACAAUGACGAGAUGCUGUACAAAGCACCUGUGGUGUAAAUCUUCUUGUAAUGACAACCUAAUUAUCCCAAGGCUUGCAUUCUUCCCUGAAUGCAUGCCGUGAGGCAUGAUUGCAUUGACAGCCCUUUGUGAAAGGAGUAAUUUUUCAAUUUGGUUGACAUUUUCCCAAUAAAUAUUGUCCCAUCAAUAAGGCAGAGAGGUGGGCAAAAAUGCAUUGCAGUUAAUACAUUUCAUUACUGGAGUAAUACUACUGACUACAAGAUUCCUUUACAUUAGUUAGGUUUAUUAAAAACAACUUAAUGUAGAAAAAUGUACCAUGCAACCACAACAUAAACUAGAAUAAUAAAGGUAAACAUGAUGUAUGAACACAGGAGCUGCUUUAUUGUUGAUAUAUUACUUUAGUAGUGCAAAUUCUAUAAGUUUACAGCAAAUUAAAUGACCAAAACUCUUUUAUAUGCAGUUUACCUGUAGCAUUUAUAAAUCCAGCCUCGGGUAUCAACCAUUAAAGUAUGUUUUGAAAUUCCGCAUCAUGUUUAUAGAUAAAUGCACAGUAUCAUGCAAUAGUUUAGUCAUGUGGUUGAGUUAAACACUGAAUAUUAUCAUAAUGCCAGUCAUCUGGUUGAAAUAAAGUGUGUUUCUUUAACUUUCUCA